AUGGUAGACGGUGUGAUGGACGGAUCGGCCGUAGGCGCUCAAUUCCUCGUCUGUGGUGGUGGCUGGGCCCGGGGCGACUUCACGCUUGAUCCACUUCUUGAAUGGCUCUUCCUCGGCGAUCUUACGGGCUGCCUUGAGACCUGCUACGAUGGUAGCGGCGUCGUAGCCCUCUGGGUCGGUGAAGUAGCGGAAGUCAAGGGCUGGCUUGACGGUUGGGUCGGCGGAGGUGAGGUAGAGCCUGCCCCUGGAGCGGGGACGGGGGAUGUUGGGGGUGACGCAGAAGGCGUUGGCGGGGACGUCGUAGCCGAGACGGCCGGUGUGGAUGCCGAAUGGGAUUUGGUAGCAGUGCAUCAUGAUGUCGGCGCAGUCACCAUCGAACCCGGCUGCGUUGAUGGGCUCGCGGCGAAGGAAGACACCUGCAUCGGAGUCCAUGGUGGUUUGGUUUGGUGGAACGGGCUGGUUGAGCUCCCACAUGAUGAUGGUUUCGGGGUGGUCGACCAAGUUCUCUCCCACGCCAGGCACGUCCUUGACGACGGGGAUGGAGAGCGCGGAGAGCUGCUCGCGUGGUCCAAUGCCAGAGAGCAGGAGGAGACGGGGGGUGUCGAUUGCGCCAGCGCAGAGGAUGGUCUCCCGCUUGGGGCAGAGGGUCAGUUUGGCACCCGACUGGAGAGUGACGUUAACUCCGGUCACGGUGUCUCCGCUGACAUUAACCUUGGAUACCCAGGCGUGAGUCAGGACGGUGAGAUUGGGCUUCUUCUCCGCUCCGCUGAAGACGGGGUGGAUGUAGGCAACGCUGGCACUGCUGCGGCGGCCGUCAUCCGGGUUAUAAGACACCGAGAAGAAGCCGGUUCCCUUGGUCAGUCUGCCCUCAGAGCGAAUGGCCUUGUUAAAGUCGGGAAUAAUGGGGACGUUGAGCGAGGUCGAGCAGGCCUGCACCCAGUCCUUGCAGAGCUGGUUGCGAUGCCUGGCGUGGAUGGGCUGCACGGUGUUGCGGAGAUUAUCGAUCACACGAGUGAAGGUGUCGAAGCUCCAGCCCUUGCAGCCUUUGCUCUCCCACACUUUGCAGUCGUAUUCAAAAGGACGGAAGGAAAUUAG